UUCGCUAACAAGGUGGUUUAUGUUUUUGUCUUUCAGAAUGUUGGCUUCCAGGGUAUUUAGCCUAAUUGGCAGGCGAGCACUUUCCACCUCGGCCCGUGUGCGAGCACACGGAAGCGUGGUGAAGAGUGACGACUUCGCUCUCCCGAGCUAUGUUGACCGCCGUGACUACCCCCUGCCCGAUGUGGCCCACGUCAAGCACCUGUCUGCCAGCCAGAAGGCCCUGAAGGAGAAGGAGAAGGCCUCCUGGAGCAGCCUGACCAGGGAUGAGAAAGUCGAGUUGUACCGCAUUCAGUUUCACGAGAGCUUCGCCGAGAUGAACAGGGGCACGAAUGAGUGGAAGACGGUGGUGGGCGCUGCCAUGUUCUUCAUCGGCUUCACCGCGCUGGUUCUGAUGUGGGAGAAGCGCUAUGUGUACGGCCCUAUCCCGCACACCUUCGACAAGGACUGGGUGGCCAUGCAGACCAAGAGGAUGCUGGACAUGAAGGUCAGCCCCAUCCAGGGCUUCUCCGCCAAGUGGGACUACGACAAGAACGAGUGGAAGAAGUGAGCCGCACUCCCACCGGCGCCGCCCUCCGUCCGUCCCCGCGCGGCUCCGUGUACCUGUUGGAGACUUGUGGCAAGUUGCCCGUGCGAAUAAACGACCAGUUUACCUGA